ACUUACCAGAUCAAGUUCUGAGGGUUUUUAAGGCAGAUCAGCAAAGUCGCUACAUCAUGAUCAGUAAGGACACGACAGCAAAAGAAGUGGUCGUCCAGGCUAUCAGGGAAUUUGCUCUCACUGCAACCCCUGAUGCAUAUUCACUAUGUGAAGUCUCUGUCACACCUGAGGGUGUAAUCAAGCAAAGGAGGCUUCCUGAUCAGUUAUCCAAGCUUGCUGACAGGAUACAGCUGAGUGGCAGGUAUUACCUAAAGAACAACAUGGAGACAGAAACUCUCUGUUCAGAUGAAGAUGCUCAAGAGUUACUACGGGAAAGUCAAAUUUCCCUACUACAGCUCAGUACUGUUGAGGUGGCUACUCAACUCUCCAUGAGAAACUUUGAGCUAUUCCGUAAUAUUGAACCCACAGAAUACAUAGAUGACUUGUUUAAACUCAAAUCAAAAAUAGGUUGCACUAAUCUAAAAAAGUUUGAGGAGGUGAUAAAUCAAGAAACAUUCUGGGUGGCUUCUGAGAUUCUAAGAGAAACCAACCAGCUCAAAAGGAUGAAGAUCAUUAAGCAUUUCAUUAAGAUAGCACUACACUGCAGAGAAUGCAAGAACUUCAACUCGAUGUUUGCCAUCAUUAGUGGCCUGAAUUUGGCACCAGUUGCAAGGCUCCGAACUACUUGGGAAAAGCUUCCAAGCAAGUAUGAAAAACUGUUUCAAGAUCUACAGGACUUGUUUGAUCCCUCUAGGAAUAUGGCAAAAUACCGUAAUGUCCUCAACAGCCAAAACCUACAGCCACCCAUCAUCCCCCUGUUUCCUGUUAUCAAAAAAGACCUUACAUUCCUUCAUGAAGGAAAUGAUUCAAAGGUGGAGGGCUUGGUCAAUUUUGAGAAGCUGAGAAUGAUUGCGAAGGAGAUACGCCAUGUUGGUCGCAUGGCUUCUGUGAACAUGGAUCCAGCUUUAAUGUUUAGAACAAGGAAGAAGAAAUGGCGGAGUCUGGGGUCUCUUAGCCAGGGCAGUACUAAUACAGCUGUGCUGGAUGUGGCACAAACGGGGGGUCAUAAAAAGCGAGUCCGUCGCAGCUCCUUCCUUAAUGCUAAAAAACUGUAUGAAGAUGCUCAGAUGGCACGGAAAGUAAAGCAGUAUCUCGCAAACUUGGAUCUGGAAAUGGAUGAAGAGAGCCUCCAGACACUAUCUCUGCAGUGUGAGCCAGCCACAAACACAUUGCCGAAGAGCACAGGAGACAAGCGAUCUGGAAAAUCCGAAACAUCGCCGGUGGCUCCCCGGGCAGGCAUCCAGCAGAAAGUGCAGCAGCAGCAGCAGCAACAUAAAGUAAACCAAGCAUUGCAGGUCCCUGCUGUAUCUCUUUAUCCCUCUCGCAAGAAAGUGCCAGUCAAAGACCUCCCACCAUUUGGCAUUAACUCUCCACAAGCUUUAAAGAAGAUUCUUUCAUUAUCUGAAGAAGGAAGUUUGGAUCGUCACAAGAAACAAUCUGAAGACACAGUCUCAAGUGCAUCUUCACAGCUGUCUUCUCCUCCCACUUCACCACAGAGCUCUCCAAGGAAAGGCUAUACUUUGGCUCCUAGCAGCACUGUGGAUAACUUUUCAGAUUCUGGUCACAGCGAAAUAUCUUCCAGAUCUAGUAUUGUCAGCAAUUCCUCUUUUGACUCUAUGCCAGUGUCUUUGCAUGAUGAGAGGAGGCAGAGGCAUUCUGUCAGCAUCGUGGAAACAAAUCUUGGUGUGGGAAGGAUUGAUAGAAGAAUCAUGAUUGAACCAGAUCAAUACAGCUUAGGCUCGUAUGCACCACUGUCAGAGACCAGAGGCCUGUAUGCUGGAGCAACUGUGCUUUCUUCUCCUAGUACAGAAGAACUGGCACAGGAUCAGGGGGACAGAGCUUCACUCGAUGCAGCUGACAGUGGCCGUGGUAGCUGGACUUCUUGUUCAAGUGGUUCUCAUGACAACAUACAAACAAUACAGCACCAGAGAAGCUGGGAGACUCUGCAUUUUGGACAUGCUCAUUUUGAUAGUACAGGCGAUGGAGCAGGACUGUGGGCCUCGGGUAGUCAUAUGGACCAGCUGAUGUUCCCCGAUCAUGGCACAAAAUAUGACAGGCAAAGUCAAGGUAGGGAGGGCCUUGAUCAAGCACAGUCAAGAGCAAGCUGGGCAUCUUCAACAGGAUACUGGGGAGAGGACUCAGAAGGUGAUACAGGUACCAUAAAGCGGAGGGGUGGGAAGGAUGUUUCAGUCGAAGCUGAAACCAGUAGCAUAACAUCUGUGCCAGCAGAGGAGUCAAAGCCAGCUCCUAUGCCCACUCAUGUGGCAGUAUCAUCAAGUAGUACAAAGGGACUUAUUGCACGAAAAGAAGGUCGAUACCGGGAACCACCUCCAACUCCUCCUGGUUACGUAGGAAUACCUAUUGCUGAGUUCACAGAAGGUGGUUCCCAUUCAAUCAGAAAGCCUCCAGAUUACAACAUAGCACUUCAGAGGUCUAGAAUGGUGGCACGGACAUGUGAGACCCAUGGGACAUCAACUCCACAGCAGCAGACACAUGGCCAUUCAACAAGCAGGCCUAUGAACAAACCUCAGUGGCAUAAACCAAAUGAGUCAGAUCUACGUCUUGCUCACUAUCCAUCUCAAGAGUUUUCCACAGAGGAAGAUGACUCCGGAGAAGUGAAGGCUGCCAAUCUGAGUAGUACUCAAAUGUGAGGAACUGCUGGUCUUGGAUCUUUUAUUUUUUUUCCAUUGAACUCAACUGAUCAUAUUGAUCAGUAGAUAAACGUAAAUAGAUUCAACUUUUAAAGAUCAAAUUGCAGUGUUUUUUCACUGUAUCAAACAAAUGUCAGUGCUUUAUUUAAUUCUCUCUCCUGUAAUCAUAGCUUUUGUCUAUUUGCUUAUAUAUCACAUUGUCAAUUAUGCAUUUGUAAUUUUACAUGUAGUAUGCAUUAUUUGCCAGUUUUAUUCUCAAGGCUGUGGACCUCGUGCAUAUAGAAAUACAAAAUCCUAGCUCUAUCACAAGUUGCACAAAUGUUAUAUAAGCAUUAAGUAAUUGUAGACCAUAGGACUGCUAAUCUCAGUUCGCUCUGUGAUGUCAAGUGCAGAAUGUACAAUUAACUGGUGAUUUCCUCAUACUUUUGAUACUACUUGUACCUGUAUGUCUUUUAGAAAGACAUUGGUGGAGUCUGUAUCCCUUUUGUAUUUUUAAUACAAUAAUUGUACAUAUUGGUUAUAUUUUUGUUGAAAAUGGUAGAAAUGUACUAUGUUUAUGCUUCUACAUCCAGUUUGUAUGAAGCUGGAAAAUAAAUAAAUAUAACGUUAAUUAAGUCCAUAUUGAUUCUUAUGUAUUUUACAUGUUCCACAUACUUGAACAAAUUUAUGAAAAAAUUUUACUUCUCUGUGUAUUAAUAUUAAAGGGACAUUGCCAAGUGAUGUGG